CUGACUUCACCCAACAGGCACCUGACCCUCCCAGAUGAGCUGGGAGGGACUAAAGCCCCAUGCGGCCAUGGCAGGGGUGGAGGUGCAGGCAGCAAACAAUAUUUAAGAUGCUGACUUGUAAAGCAUUCAGGCUUGGGAAGGAAAACUAUAGGAUAUCCAUUAAGUUCCAGUUUCAGAAACUGAAGAUUUGGGAAGGGCUAAGAAGGAGCAAGGAAAGAAAGAAAACAAGUGGGGAGACCAUCCGAGUGAGAAUAUAAGGCAGAGUGUGCUGCAGCUUUGCAGACUUCAGCGGGGCAUAUCCAGAUUCUCCUGAAGGAAGAGCCUUCCUCAGCCUGGCCCACGAAAGAUGCUGAAAAAGACUUUCUCAGCUGCGACCUGGCUCUGCAUUUUCAUCAUGGCCUUUGUCAGCCACCCAGUGUGGCUGCAGAAGCCCCCUAAGCGUAAGACACCUGCACAGCUCAAACUGGCUGCCUGCUGUGAGGAGGUAAAGGAGCUCAAGGCCCAGGUCGCCAACCUCAGCAGCCUGCUGAAUGAACUGAGCAAGAAGCAGGAGCGGGACUGGGUCAAUGUGGUCAUGCAGGUGAUGGAGCUGGAGAGCAACACCAAGCGCGUGGAGUCACGGCUCACGGACGCCGAGAGCAAGUUCUCCGAAAUGAACAACCAGAUCGACAUCAUGCAGCUGCAGGCAGCGCAGACUGUCACACAGACCUCGGCAGACGCCAUCUAUGACUGCUCUUCCCUCUACCAGAAGAACUACCGCAUCUCUGGUGUGUACAAGCUUCCUCCUGAUGACUUCCUGGGCAGCCCUGAGCUAGAGGUGUUUUGUGACAUGGAGACUUCAGGUGGAGGCUGGACCACCAUUCAGAGACGCAAGAGUGGCCUUGUUUCCUUCUACCGGGACUGGAAGCAGUACAAGCAGGGCUUUGGCAGCAUCCGUGGGGACUUCUGGCUGGGGAACGAGCACAUCCACCGGCUCUCCAGACAGCCAACCCGGCUACGUGUGGAGAUGGAGGACUGGGAGGGCAACAUGCGCUACGCUGAGUACAGCCACUUUAUUCUGGGCAAUGAAUUAAACAGCUAUCGCCUCUUCCUGGGGAACUACAGUGGCAAUGCGGGGAAUGACGCCCUCUUCUAUCAUAACAACACAGCCUUCAGCACCAAGGACAAGGACAAUGACAACUGCUUGGACAAGUGUGCGCAGCUCCGCAAAGGUGGAUACUGGUACAACUGCUGCACAGACUCCAACCUCAACGGAGUGUACUACCGCCUGGGCGAGCACAACCAGCACCUGGACGGCAUCACCUGGUAUGGCUGGCAUGGCUCCACCUACUCCCUCAAACGAGUGGAGAUGAAAAUCCGCCCAGAAGACUUCAAGCCCUAAAAAGUGGCUGCUAUGGAGCAGGCCUGCAGAAAUGGAGACAAAUGGAGACGGCAGGAGAGCAGAGGACAGGAGGAGGUUGCUGGAAAGGGUAGGGGUGGGAAAUGGCCUAUGAGCUCCAAUGAAAGAGUAUGUCUCUGAAAAGCACAAUAAAAUCCUAUGUACCAAGGGUGUUACAGUAAAUGGGUCCUGCCUUUGGGGACUGGACAGAGUGGGAUCUCUCUGCUCACAUAAUAUUUUGUGAAAAAAGAUCAUUGUGAGAUCACUUUAUCCAUUUUCUCUAAGGCUUAGGUUAUGUGAGGGCAAAAAACAUGGAUUUUCUAAGAAGAACCAUAUUCUUUUUAUUCUCAAAGGAAAGGCCUUGAGUGUUAGAGAAAGGAGCAGAAGAGGGUGGUGGACGAGGGGUAGUCUAUUUUUAAAUCCAGUGAAAAUGCCUUUAGUCCACACAUUCCUUUUAAAAUACAGAAAUUGUUCAGCUUGAGGUGAGCUGACCCAGGCUGGACUUUGGGGUACUGGGCUUUGCAAUCAGACUCUUUGCUUCUCCCCUGCUCACCUCAAUCAGGUACAGUGCUGGAAGGCAGGGCGUACCAACAGGAGGGGGGCAGAGAGGCCUGCAUGGACCCCUGUACAAAACUGCCUUCAAUAUUCAUAGUCGGGACAGAUACAUCUAUUUUUAUUUACUAUGUAAGGAACAAGCUCAAGGAGCUUCCUUUUUUAUCCUGUCUAUGAAAAAAAAAAUGGUUGAAAUGAAGGUAGACAGCACUCUGGUUAAUAAUUCAUGUUGUAUAUAAGCAUUUUGCUUUGUAAAAAUAAAAUACUGUAGUUUUGUUUUAAAUGUUCAGAGUUUCUUUUGU